AUGGAUAGUCAUUCUCUGAUUCAAGGUCAAAUACAUGAAAGAACGAUAGCGAAAUCAUCGAGCACGACCUGGAAAUUUUCGUUGGUGAAGGCGGUCCACUGCCUCAUCGUAGUCGUGCUUGGCAUGUUUCGUCAUGCAGCACAGCGUUACCUUGGUCGCACUGCGGGAAGGUUGCAGAACAUUCGCCACGAACCGUGGCGGCCCACAUGGCGAAGUGCGUGGCUCGCUCCUCCAAGACCGAUUGGGAUUCGCGUCAGAACAUACUGCGACAAUACCUCGCGCGUGACGCGCACUGGUGCGAGAUGGUCACCAGAGCGAGAGGCUGCUAUCCGUGAAAAGAACAAGAGCUUUGCCGCGUGGAUGUUGGCGAUCGCCCUUGGAACAAUGGGUCUUUCGUACGCUUCCGUCCCGCUCUACCGCGUGUUCUGUCAGGUGACGGGGUUUGGCGGAACCGUUAGACGCGGUGAUGGAGAAGAGACUGAUGAAUUUGUCACAGGCAUCGAAGAAGCAAAGAUUGUCGAGGACCGCCCGAUCACGAUACGGUUCAAUGCCGAUGUUUCGGCAAAGAUGCCGUGGCGAUUCACUCCAUCGCAAGCUGAGAUAGUCGUUCUUCCCGGCGAAACUGCCCUCGCUUUUUACGUUGCGAAGAAUGAGUCCAAAGAGCCGAUCACAGGUAUCGCAACUUACAAUGUCACGCCCGCAAAAGCUGGGAUUUAUUUCAAUAAGGUGCAGUGCUUUUGUUUUGACGAGCAACGGUUGAAACCGGGCGAGGCUCUCGACAUGCCUAUCUUUUUCUUCAUCGACCCAGAGUUUGCGCAGGACGAGAACAUGGCGGACGUCAAGGACAUCAUGCUCUCUUAUACUUUCUUUAGAGCAGAAGACGUGACGCCGGAGCAAUUGCAACAGGCCCAAGCUUUAGCUUUUGGGCACUAA